AUGAUUUAUAAUAUUAUUCCCAAAUAUAUAGCCAAUGCUAAACUUCAAAACACAUCUACCCCUCCAUCUCUCAAUCUCGCCCAUCCUUCUAUCUUUCUUAACCCAUCCCUCCCUACUCAAAGAACAAGUCCUGACUGGCUACCUCCAGAUGCUCAGCCAGCACACAGAAGUAUGACUUGACCAACCAGACUAGCAGAUAAGAGGAAUACCAAUAUGUCUGACAAACUCUCAGAAAAAUUAGAUAAACAAAAAAUCAUCCGGACCGAGCAAGAGGCUGAAAAGGAAGACAGAAAGAAGGAAUUCUACAAGCAGUUCAAGGAAGAGCGCGAUCAAUUCAUUUAUAAGAUCAACUCAUUGGAGGAAGCACUCAGGGCAGCCAGCACUUCCAACUCGGAGGCCCUUUCCGAGCACAUUGCACUACUAGACAAAGACAGAAUUGAGUUCAAGGAGAACCUUGAAAAUGAAUUUAAAAAGAAAAAAGACGAUCUUGAGGAUGAACGCAAGAAAUUUAAGGCCAAGCAGGCUAAUCUGAAUGCGGAAAUUGACAAGCUCAAAUCUACAAUAGCGAAUCUGAAGGAUAAUCUUAUGAAGCAGAAGUUGGAGUACACCAGGGAAGAAGCCAAAAUUAACCAGAAGUUGGUCUUUAAGGAUGAUAAGAUCUCUGAGUUGCGAAAGACAAUCAAAGAGAGCUCCCAGGAGUACCAAGAGAGGCUUGAUACUCUCAGAUCGGACCUUUACAGUGAAUCCCAGAAAAAGAUGACCUAUCUGGAGGAAGAGAACCAGAGAUUUAGUGAGAAGCUUGGAGACAAGGCUGCCAUACUGAUAAACCUCGAGUCAGAGAUCAUCCGUCUUAAAAGUGAACAAGAGGAAGAGAAGCUAAUUUCAGGACAGAAGGUCUCGUCCCUUGAGAGCAAGCUUAGCAUGCUCAAAGAGGAGUACGAUAAAAAAAUCGAAUUUAUUAACUUUGAGAGCCAGAGCACCAUUAAGCAAAUAGAUAACGAGGUACAACAACUCGUCAAAGAAAAUGAUAACCUAAAGACCAAGCUCAUCGACUUUGAGAAAGACUACACUGAGCUUCACAGUAAUUAUGAGAGGGAUAAAGCCCUCUGGGAUGACAGGUUAGAGUUCCUCGAAGGCCAGAAGAACCAGGCUAAGCGGGACCUCCAAGAUGCCCACCAAAAGUAUGAGAUGACAGUAGAGCGACUGGAGCGGAAGGACUCUUCAAAGAGAGGGAAGACAAAGGAAAGCAAACUUAAUCUUGAUCAACAAAAUUGAUAAGAAGUACAAGGAUCAGAUCAAGGAUAUCAACAGGUCACAUGCAUCCGUGAUUUCUGACUGGAACUCUCGCUAAAAAAGCUUGGAGAAGGAAUACAAGGAACUGAGCCAGAAGUAUAAGAUAGAAUCCUGAGGAAAAAUCUCGGAGGAUUCUUCAUGGGAGUCUAAGAUCAGAGACUUGCUUGAGUCCGAGCAGCACUAUCAGGAGGAGAAUAAAUAACCUCAAAUCUCAGCUUGAAAAGCAAUCCUUGGAGAUCCAGUUGCUGCUUGAGAAGGAGAAGAUCAACUAUAAGCAAAAUUUAGAGAUCCUUGAGAAGAAGUACAAGGACUCCGAGUCUAAGAGAAGCCUCCAGGUAUUUGAAGUUGAGAAGGAGAGAACCAGGUGGGCCCUCGAGAAGAACAAAAUUAACCAUGAGUACGACUUACUCAAGGACAAGAAUAGGAAGUUGGUCAGUGAGAAGGAAACCCUAAAAAAUGAGUUGAUGAAGGUCAAAACUGAUAUUAGAGAAAGCAGCAAGGGCAUACUUAGUGGGGCGUUAGCUCCUCGACAGCUACUAAGGAGUUGGCUAAUAAGAAAGUCAAGACUAUGAGCAAUGUAGGCUCUUCUUCGGGCAAGAGUUAUAAGCCUUAUCAUAAGAGCUAUUCGAAGCUCUGGUUAUCUACCAAGAAUUAUAUUG